AUGGCAAAAAAACCCGAACCCGACGGGAAAACCCGAUCCCCGAAGAUUUCGGGGCGGGGCGGGUCGCGCUUAUCGGGAAACGGGUCGGGUAUCGGGUCACUAUUGGGUAUUUAUUUCGGGUUUGGGGCAGGGAGUGCGUUCCAACCGACAAGUCCACAGAAGAUUCGAUCGCAGUCUCGAAUCGUUGCCUCGUCGCUUAUCAGUUUCAGUUGUCUAGUCGUCUAUGCUCUAUCACAGUAUCACCCCUCGCACUUGCAUCCUCUAAUCGUUGUGUCGUUUGGAGAUACGGAAAUUGCAGAAUCGAAGUUGAAGGCUCAAAGCACAUCUGUUCAACACAAUCUAAAUCUAGGAAAUAUGAAUUCAAAAAGUCAAAAUCAUGCUCCAACAAGUGAAAAUCAUGAUCCAACAGCAAGUAGUCAAGAUGUGGGAGGUUCAGGUUCUAAUCAACAAAAUACUAAUUAUGUGGAUCAACAAGAUGGGACAAAUAUUAAUGAUACAUUUUUUGAUGAAGAUGGAGAUGAAGUGGUUGGUUCGAAAAGGGCAACACUUUCACCAGCAUGGUUUCAUUUCAUAAAAUUUAAAUUGAAUGGAGUAGUCAAAGAAAAAUGUGUUUGUGAUGGUUCAGUUCCCGGUUCAUCUUCAUUUGGUUCUAGUAUGUCUUCCAGUCAUCGUGUUGGAUUCAAAAAGCUCUUAUCAGAUAUUGCUUCUAUUACUAGAGAUGAUGAUGAAUCAGGAGAGACCAAGGCAUAUUGUCGUUCUGUUGAAUUUGAUUAUGAUGUGGAAGAGGAAAACACUAAAGAAAGCGGGACAACAAGUUUGGAUGAUUUUGUUUGA